AUGUUGGCAUUCGUAUUUCUACUGGCCCUUGGCGCCGUGUCGGCCCAGAAUCAGUGCAUCCAACUGUUUUCGGGCAAUCGUGGUAAAGAUAUGAUUCUGGCGAAGAGUCAAGAUGUUGAACUUUCGGGCGGCAGACAUUUCGAUGUGCAAUUGACUCCACCAUGCGACAACACUGUCUUGCAAGUCGAUGUGUGUGACGACGUCAAGCCUGAAGGUCAGAUCAUAUCGGUCUCCGAAGUCACCAUCACCCGUCUGAGCACCAGGACCGCUGCCAUCACACUCCACGCCAAAUACUAUUGCCCAUCUUCAAAUCCGAAAAACACCUAUGCUGAUCUCCCUGAACCCAAAGUAACAAUCAAGGAUGAAUAAUUUGUUUCAUGAUUUUUUUCAAC